AAUUUCUUAUGAAGGAGAGAGAGAGAGAGAGAGAGAGGGUGGGAAGCCAUGAAAGUGAAGAGUGGUGAGGUAAUAUGAAUGGUUUUCCACAAGUAGUGUAGCACCAUCAUAUCAAGGGCAUGUCUUGUAGCUUCAUAUUAUUAGCGAGGAGUGUGAGUGUGAGUCUGUGUGCAGCACAUGAAGAUUGCAGAGGUCUUUACUAUCUCUCCUCACAUUGCAUUCAUCUUUUGGUAGGGUCUAUGCUCAGAGAGACAGUGCUUAAGUAUUUAUGUGGUUGCAGUAAAUAAUUACCCCCCGCUUGAAGAGAUGAACUUAAUUCAAAUGCCUCAGUCUCAAUCUCAAGAGCAAUAGAGAGAACAAGGGAUCUAUCUCUAUCUAGCACUGCACUUUCUUAGCCAUCUUUCAUGGGAAGUGAAAGAGAAGAAGAAGACAACUCAGCCACCAAUCCCACAACAAUCUCUAGCACGCUAACAAUCAAGAUUUCAAGCAGCAGCAGCAAGAAGCAAGGUGAAGAGACUACAGAAAAUUCAAAUUUACCAUCACCGAACAUAAAGAACUCCACAGAAUCAUCACCUUAUGGUUCUCCUCUUGUGUCUCCACCUUCAUCAGCAUUUGUUUCGGCGUUGCAAUCCCCCUAUAUAUCUCCAAGGGCCAUAACCCCAGAUGAUUCUCACUUGGAAAAACCACCACCACCAACAGCAACAGCAACAGCAACAACCACCACCACCACCCAUCCUUCGACCCCAGAAGACGUGCCAAGCAGUUCCUACACUCCCCCUUCUGAUCAGUAUGAGUUUUCCGAUGACAAUGCUGACACGAAUCUCAAGUUUGUGACAUGUGUUCCCAUCCCUGAAGCAGCUGAUCCACGCAUCUCAUUCUCAUUUCCGGUCCCUAGAGUUUCCUUUGCAAAAGGCUCUGUUUCCCCUGCUUCCAAUGCCAAACUCAGAAGCUGUGAUGUUUACAUUGGCUUCCAUGGCCAAAAUCCCAAACUCCUGCGCUUCUGCAAGUGGCUCAAGUCCGACCUCGAGCUUCAGGGAAUCGAUUGCUUGCUUGCUGAUAGAGCCAAGUACACCGAUAGCCAGAGCCAUGAGAUUGCUGAUAGAGUCAUUUGCUCAGUGUCAUUCGGGUUGGUGGUCGUCUCAAGUGGCAGCUUCCUCAACCAUCUGAGCAUGGAGGAGGUUAGAUUCUUUGCUCAAAAGAAGAACUUGAUUCCUCUCUUGUUUGACACAGGACCUGCUGAGAUCAUGGAUCUUCUUAACUGCAACUCAAUUGACAAAGAAUGUAGAGAGGCCAUCGAUGGACUCAUGAGGUGCAACGAAUUCAAUCUAGGGGCCCAUGAUGGUAAUUGGAGAAGCUGCAUAUCAAAAACUACAGGUAUUUUAAGGGCAAGGCUUGGUAGGAUGAAUGGUGACCAGAGAGACAAUAUGCAAGGAUUUGAGAAUCUACCUUUUCCAAGGAACCAAUACUUUGUUGGCAGGGAGAAGGAAAUUAUGGAGAUGGAAGGUCUCUUUUUCGGACGAGGGAAUUGUGUGGAACAAGUCCAAGAUCAUUGUAUGCCAUUCAUCAAAGGAGAAGCUAGUGGAAGUGGACAAUCUGAAGGCCUUGCAGACGAGGAAAGUGAACCGGUUAUGCGCAAAGGUAGGAGAUAUAUUAGUCUAGAGAUGGGGAAGAGCAAAGAACCAACCUUAGAGGCUUGGGUUGAACCACUCAUAGGAAACAAUUCAUUGAAGAGGUUGAAGCAUAAGAAGUCAAAGAGUGGAAACUUCAAAAGCUUGUGUAGUAGUGUGAUUUGCAUCACUGGAGUUUCUGGUAUAGGGAAAUCUGAGUUGGCACUGGAAUAUUCUCACAGAUAUCACCAGAGAUACAAAAUGGUGUUGUGGGUUGGUGGUGAAGCUCGGUAUCUCAGGCAGAACAUAUUGAACUUGUCCCUCAAUUUGGGCUUGGAUGUUGGUGCUGAUUCUGAGAUGGAAAGGGGUCGAAUUCGCAGCUUUGAGGAGCAAGAAUUAGAAGCAUUCAAGAGGAUCAAGAGGGAAUUGUUUGGUGAGACACCUUACUUGCUAAUAAUAGACAAUCUUGAGACUGAGGAGGAAUGGUGGGAAGGAAAAGAUAUAUAUGACUUGAUACCAAGAAACACAGGAGGGACUCAUGUGAUCAUUACUACAAGGCUGUCCAAAGUUAACAGCUACGAUACUAUUCAGCUUCCCCCACUGCCAUUAUCCGAAGCAAUGAUUCUGAUAAAAGGAAGAAAAAGGAGGGAGUAUCCAGCAGAUGAGGUAGAAUUCCUUGAAAAAUUCAAUGAGAAGCUUGGACGGUCGAGCUUUGGUUUGUGGGUGAUUGGUUCGAUGUUAUCUGAACUUGCAAUUUCCCCCUCUGCACUGUUUGAGGCCAUUAACCAAAUGCCACUAAGUGGAGAUUCAAACUCAUGCUAUAUGAGCAUUGCAGAAGAGCAAUGGUGCAAAAGCAAUCCUUUCCUCAUGAAAAGCCUCCUUUUCUGUGUAGGAACCUUGGAGAAAACAAAAGCAAAAGGGAAGCUGCUAGCAAUGAGAAUGCUUCUUGUUGGCGGUUGGUUUUCUCCUGCUCCCAUUUCAGCAAGUCUUUUGGUCAAUGCAGCACUGGCUCGAAUGGCUAACCAACAUGAUGGAUGUUGUUGGCUCCAGUUCCAUCCCAUAACACAGGCAUUCGCCAAAAGCAGAGGUGGUUUGCAAUAUGCCAAGGCUGCACUUGAAGGAGUAAGAAAAAUGGGUAACCAUGUAAACUCAGGUCAUCUGUGGUCAUCAGCAUUUCUAGUGUUUGGAUUCAAAUCGGAGCCGCCGAUUGUGCAGCUAAAAGCAAUUGACCUGGUUCUGUAUAUCAAAAGAACAGCUCUGCCCCUGGCAAUCCAGGCAUUUACCACUUUCUCAAGGUGCAAUUCAGCUUUGGAGCUCUUGAAGGUGUGCACCAAUGCAUUGGAGGAGGUUGAGAAGUCGUUUGUGUCUCAAAUCCAAGAUUGGUCCCAUGAUUCGAUUUGUUGGAAGAGGAGGAUGCUGCAAAGAAGCCAAAAAGUGGAUGAAUAUGUGUGGCAGGAUGUGACGUUGUUGAAGGCAACAUUGCUGGAGACAAGAGCAAAGUUGCUUGCAAGAGGGGGCCAUCUAGAUAGUGGCAAGGAGCUAUGCAGAACAUGCAUCAGCAUCAGAACUGUGAUGCUUGGCCAUAACCAUGCACAGACCUUUGCUGCUCAAGACACAUUGGCAAGAUUGGUGAGAAUGAGGACCAAGAUAUAAGAAUCACUUCUACUGGACUUGUCAAUUCUCAUGAGUCAGUGUCCUUUACUGUAAUUUUGGUGGUCAUAUCACCAUUCAGAAUUUUACUAGAUAUCUUAGUAUGUUGCUGCACUUCUGUUCCAAUUUUGUUAUUCUACUGCUAAACUUGAUAAAGUACCAAUAAAGCUGAUUUUGGAGAAAACACUUCUUUGGAAACUUGGAAGGCACUCAUUGACUGCCCAUUUUUCGCGUUUGUUCUAAAGC